AUCGUUAUCAAGAUAAGACAAUCGUGCGCAAUUUUACGUACGUAGAAAACACGUGCAAUAGCAUAUUUGCGACACAUUCGACAGCUUUGUCUGCCUUUUGUAUUUUUACGCUGAUUUAUCCUCUUCGUAAGCUUCGCACGCGCAAAGUUGUCGGUUUAAUUCGACGGCGUUAAACGAUGGAAAUCAAGCAAGUUUUUCUGAAAACACGCGCUGAAUUUGGCAAGCAGUGUAUCUUCGAUGUGCACGGUCCGCAUUUGGACCUGGAGAUUAAAUCGGAUCCUGACGCUAUGGCCAAUUAUGUAACAAAGACUUACUGCAAUGUCAACGUGCAAUUUACUAAACAGUUAGCACUGCAUGAGGCCCAGACUGUUGGCGUUCAUUCAAAAAACAGCGGAAUGUUUCACUUCGAAGGUGGCUGGCCGAAAGAAAUCAAUCCGAAAGACGAAGAGACUACAGCGAGGUUUCGCAGACGAGUCGAAAAAGACGAUGAAUGGGCAUCAAAAUUACGAAAUUUAUUCAAACAAACGGAACACAAUCUUCUCCAAAACGGCGCGCUUAACAUAUACGAGAACUAUUUCGACGACAUGAUUCCCAGCGAAUUAGUGAAACCUCGUAGCACCAGGAUAGUAAAUGUCUACGAGGAUCCUCAAAAGCCGACGAGAUCGGUAAACAACAUUUCGUGGUCGCCAGAUACCGGCAGUAAAAUGGCGAUCUCGUACUGCUCCUUUGGAAUCGAGCCAGAUUACAGCAAAAUUGCGUACAUAUGGCAGAUCGACGAUCCUAAUAAACCGUGGAUGACACUGGAGGCUCCGUCUGCUACGGUGGUCAACGAGUUUAAUCCUCGUGAUCCUUCUGUACUUGUCAGUGGUCUGACGUCAGGCCAAGUUUGCAGUUGGGAUAUCAGGACUGGCACUACUCCUGUUCAAACGUCUCAUCGUCAAUUCAGUCAUAGAGAUUUCACGACAACGGUGAAGUGGAUCGCUACAAAGAGCAACACGGAGUUCUUCUCGGGCUCUACGGACGGUCGAGCUAUGUGGUGGGAUACCAGAAAGCUGCGAAGUCCGACCGAGAUUCUUGUAUUCGAUCUUCUGACACCUAACACACCGGUUAUGGAUCGAGCAAUCGGAGUUACAUCGGCCGAUUAUGAGCCUAGCGUGGGCACAAAGUUCAUGUUUGGUCUAGAGAACGGUAUUGUGAUUAGCGGUUCGAGAAAAGCGAAAACACCGGCUGAAAAAUUAGCUCUGCGAUUCGACGCUCAUUACGGCCCGGUUCUUUCCGUUGAUCGCAGUGGCUUUCAUCCAAAAAUUUUCCUCACUGUCGGCGACUGUACGGCCCGCAUCUGGACUGAAGAAACUAAAGACGACAGUCUCGUGACAACGAGAUUUAUAAGAGAAGAUCCUGUCCGUGGUUGUUGGAAUAAAGUGAGACAUUCAUUAUUUUAUGUGAUAACGCGUGUUGGUAUUCUAACAAUAUGGGAUCUUUUGAUGGGAUUACGGUAUCCAAUGCUAUCGGUAAAAUUGUGUAAGCAAAAAUUAACUGCGAUCGCGGCACACGAGACAGGCGCUUUAUUGGCCGUCGGAAAUUCGGUCGGUAUGGUUUAUCUCGUCGAGUCAACGGAAGCGUUAUACUCGUUCGAUAAAAAUGAACGGAAUGAUCUUAUGACGUAUCUGGAGACAGGGUCUCGUUUCGUGAAAACAGUUGAUACCCGAUUGAAAGAAAUAAAACUCCAGAAAUCUGAAAUAGAAGCGUCAGAAUCCAUAUUGGUAGACGCGAAAGAUAAGAAAAAAAACAAACAUAUAGUAAUCGAACACGAACAAAAACGAAAGAUGCACGAAAAACGAGAGAAAAGCAGAGUCGCGUCUAAAAGAAGAGUGAAGAAUGACGACGCCGAACUUCAUGAUGCCGAAGAGAGAUUCUUCGAGAUCGUCAAUCAAGAAAAACAGAAGUACACGGAAGAAAUUAAUGAUUUAAAUUCGUUCAAAGAGCAUCGUUCUAUGAAGAAACUCAGCAGUCGGAAGAUCGAAAAAGAUUGGCACGCGAUGAUAAACGAGGAAAGAGAAACCGCCGAGACGAAAGUGCUGGCCAAGAAAAUAUUCAACACGAAGAAGCCCGAGAUCGUGAUUCCUACGACGGAAAUAGCACAAGACGUUGAACAAGAGAAAGAAAUGACGGAAGAAUUCUUACCGCCGUUGGUGGAAACGGUCUUGGAAUAUCCUGCGAAGGAAAUUAGCAAAAGAAAACGUAGGAAAGUGAGAAAAAGAGUUCCGAAGAAAUGGCUGCGAAGGUUCGUUUUCAGGUUACCGAGACCGUGCAAAGUUGCUAUCUGCAAACCUGACGUUUGCUGUCGCGAAUUUCUCUCCGGAAAAUUAAAAAUUAGAUACAACGCACUCCCUUCACGUUUUAUCGAACAGGACAAAGUCGAUGAGAAAACGAGGUCAAGGAACGACGUCAGAACGAAGAUGUCGAUCGGAAGAAAAGACGAAAUGAGACGGAAGAAACGAGUGUCCUGGACGAAGCUUCUGCGCGCUCAUAAACGCGAGGAAAGAGUUCAUUCUCUUCAAAAGACGAUGUUGCUCGAGAAACUCGUGGAAGAUGCAACGAGAGCUAAAAGGGAAAUUCGAGAAGCCAACAAAGCGAGAAUGAAAACGAGAAAAUUCGUUCAGAAAGAUCGUAAAUGCAGUACCGUGACUGCGGAAAAAUCUCGACACACUCCGGAAUUGAAAAAGGAAGAUCUUGCCAAGGAGGUCACAAGCACGACGAAAAAGCUUCUCGCAACGAAGAAGAGAAGAAAGGUGCAUCAUAUGGCCGCCGUGAUAGAUCUUUGCGCUCCGGUAUGGAAACCAUCCUUACUCACGAAAGAUGUGGAGGCACUCAUCGGCGGUCCUUUGCUAGAAAAAUCGAUCAAGGAAAGAGAGAAACCGAGUAUAGCGUACUUGGAAAAAAUCGAAACUGCUCACACUAGAGUUCAUCCACAAAUUUUUAAUUUCCAUCGCGUCGAAUGAUGCAGUUGCAUUAUCCGAAGCGCAUUUUCUGAUUUUUUGAAAUCAGCGCUGUUUUAUGAUUUUUAAAGUUUGU